AUGCAUCUCCAUCACGCGCUCAGCAUUGUCGCAGCCGGCUUGAUUGGACAAACUUCGGCAGUUUAUAAUACCUCAUCGGAGCUGCCGCUGAACGGAUGGCACGCCUGCUCAGCCUACACCUUUGCCGGUGAAGGGCAAGAGGAAUACCGAGCCCAGUGCUUGACCGUUGGGGUCCCGUUGUGUUACACUGAUGUCUGUAAGCUCCUGCCGAAUGUGUACCCGACAAUCAACGUGUUCGUCAAGAUGCUGCCUGCCACGGGAGCCAACGCAGACCAUGCAACGAACGUGUGGAUGUUCGCAAGUGGAGCCUCCAACGAAGCCGAAGCUUCGAUGGUGACGCUACACAAGCGCCUGAAUGGAUCAGUUAACAUGCUUACGAUGGACCUCCGCGGCACGGGACGCAGUUCGCGACUGGACUGCGUAUCAUCGCAAGCCAUGACGAGUGGAUCCCCGUCUGGCGCCAACAUCGAUCUCACGGAAGUUGCCGCUUGUGCUCGGGAACUGCAGAACAAGUAUGGAGAUCUCGCUUCGUUCUCGGUCACAAGCGCAGCUAUGGAUGUUUUCACGCUCCUCCCCAAGCUCGCACAUGGCGCGAGUAAUAUCAUGUACGGUAGUAGCCACAUCGCAACUUUGAUGAUCCAACGUCUGAUGCAGAUGAAUCCAUCGGGGGUGACUGGGUACGUCUUGGACAGCCCCGCGGCCUCUGUGGUACCGUUGGACAAGAAGACAUAUUGGGUAAAGGGGGACGUUGAGUUCAAUGAAGUGAGCGAGCACUUUUUGGAGCUGUGUUCUGAAUACACUGAGUGCAGCUCUCACUUCAAAACUGCUACCUUGCCUGCCACGCUUCGUGACGUGAUGUCGAAGUUCGACAAGGAUCCCAACUCGACAUGCGCUACCUUGGUUCGGAACUUUACUGAGGAUGAACCAUCCAGUGGCCUUCGGCGGACACUUGGCGGGCUUGCAAGGGGUCCGCCCAUGCGUUCCGCGAUUCCACCGGCGAUUUACAGACUCAAUCGCUGCGAGCCUUCAGACGUGGAGAUCUUGACGCAUUUCUUCACGAUCAUCACUCAAGAUGGAGGAAUCGCAGAUGAUGCUCUGAUUUCAAAUUUGUUCUACCAAAUGAACAUCUUCUCCGAAAUGUCGCCUAAUCCUAUGCCAACCUACGCCGAGUUGGAAGCUCAGCACAAAAACCUGAGCAUCUCGUAUCUGGGAAUGUACGACUCUAUUCCCCUGUAUUGCGCAUACACGAAAGACCCGUCGCCGGUGUGUAAGGAAUAUACCUUCGGCAAUUACGAAGCCAAUCCGAUCGCAUACUCAAAGGACCACUUUUGGAACGAGGCUGCUGUCGUUUCCAGCGAAGCCAGCGUGCUACUGCUGAGUGGAAAGCUGGACGUACAGGCUCAUCACAAGUACAGUGAGUACAUUUACGAGGCGCUCGAAACCUCCAAAAAAGAACUCGUUGUAUUCGACUUCUCGGGCCACGUCACACUUGAUGAUACCGCAUUCGGCGAGAGCGAAACGAGUUGCGCUAUGGAGCUGCUGGCCUCGUUCGUCUCCUGCAAUGGUGACCUCGCACGUCUGGACAAGUCGUGUAUGGCUAAAAUGCCUGCAUUUGACAUGACUGUGCCUGCUCAUAUCGCGGAAAACUGCUUUGGCAUCACGGAUGUGUACGACGGUACCGUCACCACGAGCGGCACACCGGCGUAA